AUGCUGGAUAAGGCCACUCUGCUGCUGUUCCUGCAUUUGGUCACAUGCUCCAUCUCCUCUCCUCUCUACCCAGCUCUCAGGUACAGCCCAGGGCCAGUUGCUGCCAAGGCCCUCAACUUCCAGCUACAACACAACAGCCAUAACCCCUUGGCAGAGGAACAGGAGGAAGAGGGUUUGUUAACAGACCCCACAGAGAAAAGGAUGCAGCGCCACGCUGAUGCCAUAUUCACUGACAACUACAGGAAAUUCCUGGGGCAGAUCUCUGCCCGGAAAUUCUUACAGACCAUCAUUGGCAAGAGGCUUGGAAGCAGUGAGAGCAGCCCAGGGGAAGGGGUGCAUGAAUUUCUGAGCAGGCGCCAGUCUGGCAGCAUCCUGAUGGACAGCCACUACCACCAGCAGAUGGUACUGAGGGACUUCCUGGGAGCCAUUCUGCAGAGCCAAAGGCCUCAGGACAUCAGCAGCAGCCAGUUAGAGGGCUUUCCCAGCACCCUGGCUAAGUUCAUGUAA